UUACACUCUUGUCAAACGCAGGGCGCAGGCGAACGACAAAAGUAGAGUCACUCGCAGCUAGCAAUAAGUGCAGAAAAUAUACAAAAGAAUUUUAAUUCAGAUCGAAAAUUCGCGAGAAUCAACAUUAUACUAUAAAAGUGAACCCGAUUAAAACGUGGACUAAAUAUUAAACAAUACGAAUUGUUUAAUAAAAGUGUUUUACAAGUUUUCACAAACGCAAGAAAUUAACUACAGAACAAAAUGAGUGCUGGUGGCAUGGGAGAGAAAAGAAAAUUGUCCACAUCGGGCGAUUCUCUAUAUCAAAUAUUGGGACUUCCUAAAACAGCUACGGCUGAUGACAUUAAGAAGACUUACAGAAAAUUAGCACUUAAAUACCAUCCAGAUAAAAAUCCAAAUAAUACCGAUGCCGCCGAAAAAUUCAAGGAAGUGAAUCGCGCUCAUUCUAUAUUGAGCGAUCAGACGAAACGUAAUAUUUACGAUAAUUAUGGUUCAUUGGGUCUUUACAUUGCCGAGCAAUUUGGUGAGGAGAAUGUGAACGCCUACUUUGUGGUGACAUCGCCGGCGGUGAAGGCGCUUGUCAUUUGCUGCACUAUUUUGACUGGCUGUUGCUGUUGCUGCUGCUGUUGUUGUUGCUGCAACUUCUGUUGUGGCAAAUUCAAGCCACCAGCGAACGAGUCACACGAUCAGUAUGCACAUUUGAAUCGUGGCGAAGGGGAUAGAGAGCCUAGUGAUAAUUCAACAAAUAGGAUACAGUCCACAGCGCAUAAUGAGGACGCCGAUUUGGAUGAUGUAAAUUUGGGCGGCGGUUCCAAUAAUCAACCAUCCGGCCUGGCCAGCAGCGGUAUACCGUUCGCGAUGCCACCACCACCACAAGCCGCCGGCGCCACUGGCGUGAAUCCAUUCACAGGCGCACCAGUUGCUGCUGCAACAGAGAAUACAUCGCUCAACGCUACAGAACAGCCGACAUAUACGCCAGAUAUGGUACACCAAAAAUAUUAGACGCAUUCAGCAACAAAAACAAAACAAUCAGUUAUCAGAAAUAAUUUGCGCAAAUCAAGCUUCAUAACAGCUGACGUCCAUCAACUUUACACAUUCAAUUAGAAAAAAACAUUUUGUUUUGCCAAAUGCAUAUAAAUACCGCAAAGCUAAAAGAACACACAAAAUUAUUUCUUAUUAUUAAAGCACAUUUCACACUUCAUUUUACAUAUAAAUGUAGUACAUGUGUGUAAAUGACCUUAAACUGUAUUGUGAUUUUCGAACUACAUAAUUUUCCUUUUAUUUUUGCUAUUUUAAUUACUUAUAUAUUUUUAAAAUAUGAGAAAUGUUUAGUUUGUAAAAAACCAAUAAUUUAAAGGGUAUGCUUUAGCAAACAUUGAGGCAAUUAAGGAAUUAGUUUACAGAAAUGCUUAGAAGCAUGCGUAAGUGGUGUUCGAAAAAGUGAAAAUUGUAUGAAAAGAAGCUUAUAACACAUAAUUAUUUGAUUGGAUUGCUGUAAACGCAUAUGUAUAACCUUGAUAUUCCAUAAUAUUUAUUAGUUGUAGUACAGCUUUGUUUAAUUAUUUCAAAUCAGUUGCGAAAAUAGUUGUAGACACAUACAUAUAUAGAUUUACUCCCACAUAAGUGUAUUUUGUAAUAUAAACCGAAAUUUUUUUGAAAGCCAUAGUUAAAUAACAUAUUUCGAAUUUUCGAACUUCAAAUAUACACAAUGUAUUUUAUUUACAUGUCCUUAUGUUUUUGCAAUUUAAUCCGAAAAUUUUAAAAGCCAUAGUUAAAUAACACGUUUCGAAUUUUCGAAAAUCAACAUUUCGAAAAGUAAAUUCUGAAUUUUCUUUUCCAAAUUAAUCUGGAAAUUGAAAAAAAAAAAUUUGUAACACUUUUAGAAAUUACACAUUUCGAAUUUAAAAUUUUCGAACUAAAAUGUUUGUAUUUUAUUUACAUACUAAAAAUUUCGAAAUUCGAAUUCUGAAAUUUUCGAACUAAAAUUUUCGUUUCUAAAAGUUAUAUUAUGUUUUUUUCGUUUUAAUUGACCAAAUUUUAGAUUACCUUUCAAUACAGCGCCGACUUUCAUAUUAUAUAAACUUUUUAUUUACAUAUGUAUGUACAUAUGUACAUAUUCUUAUGUUCUUAAAUUUAAACUGAAAAUUUAAAAGGCCGUAAUUACAACAGUGUUCAAAAAUUCGAACUUCGAAUUAAAAAAUUUCGAAAUUCGAAUUCUGAAAUUUUCGAACUUAAGUUUUACUUUCUAAUUGUUAUAUUCUUAUGCUUUUUUCGCUUUAAAAAAUUUACAAACAAAUUUCCGUUUACCUUUCAAUACAGCAGCGACUUUCAUUUAAAUAUUUUUAAUAAAAAAUUGCAAUUAUUAAUUAUACACAUACUUAAUACACUAUGGUAUAUAAUCAGUAAAAGACAAUGCGCUGUGUGCUGCUUCCUUUAUUAAAUGCUUACAUACAUAUGUAUGUAACUAGUAAAAUUUUGUGUGUCACUUUUUCGCAAAUUUGCUUUAUGCAGUUGAAAAAAAAUGGGUUUUACAAAAUUUUUAUAUACAAAGUAUUAAAAUUUAAUUUAAUUAAAAAAUUAUUGAUUAUUAUACCAUUUUUAAAAUUGAUUUAUAAAACUUAAAAUAUUGUGGAAAAGCCAUAUAUUAGCUUAGAAAGUUAGUUUAAAAAUUAUUUAAAAUUUUUCUCAAACCAAAAAAAUAAUUAAUAAAAAUUAAAGAAAAAUAAAAAAUUCAUAUAUUAAACAAAAAACAACGCAGUAAUUUUAAUUUUUAAGUGGAAUAAAAAGCUGAAUUUUAUUUAAUUGUUUACAAAAUUUUAAAAUAAAUUUUUUUUUCUAAAAAUAUUUUGUGUUAAAAAAAAUAAUUUAACAAAAACAUAUAAUUUUGUUUAAAUUAAAGUGUUUUUCGGUAACUUUUAAUAUUUUUAUCGGUACUUUGGGUUUAUCUAGCUAUCUAUCUUAUAAGAUUCGCAAAAAUUUAUUUGUCUUAAAUAACUAAAAUUUCAAAAUUUUUUAAUUAAAAUGUUUUUAAAAAAAUUAAUUAAAAAUUAUUUAAUAAAAAUGUAAACACCCUGACACUUGACGAAAGAACUUUGUAUUAUUUAUUUAGUUUCAAAAAAAUUUCAAAAUUUUUUUAAUUAAAAACUUUUUUUUAUAAAAUUAAUUAAAAAUUGUUGAAUAAAAAUUAAAAACCCCCGACACUUGUCAUAUUCUAUACAUACAAAUACAUUUUUGUUGCUAUAAACUACCUUAAUUGUAUUGUAUAUAAAAGUACAGUAAUUAAAUGUGUAUACAAAACAAAAAAUACAAAAAAACAAAACAAAAAUUUAAAAAUAUCUAAAAAAUUGCAAGCAGUAGUUUAUAAUACAACAAAUUUAAUAUGAAAUAAAACUAACUACUUUAGAAAACAAAUUAAGAAAAAUUGCAAAAAAAAUACAAAAAACAACAACAACAAUAUUUUAUGUUUAGUAGCUACAGAAUGCUGAUGUUAGUGUUAUAUAAACCAAAAUACGACGAAACCAACAAAAUGAUAUUCCAAUGAACUACAAUACAUACACAAAUGCAUACAAACAUAUAUAUACAUACAUACAUAUUUUAUGAUAAUAUCUACUUAAAGUAAUAUAAUAAAACAGUGCUAUACUAUGUAAAUGACAUACACACA